GCAAUGGAAAUGGUGGUUGAUGAGUCUCAUUUCCACGUGUCAUUAUGAAUUUUAUCAUUCAUCCACUGGUUGGUUGCCAUGGAACAAAACAUGAAAAGGAUAAGAAAGAAACCACCAAACUGAGAGUGAGCUCUAACCAAAAAAUGAGCUGCUCACUGAGCAUCCAUGUUCCCAAAGCUCUACCUCCUCUUCCCUAUUAUUCAUCACGUUCUAUUCCUUCUCUCUUCAUUUCUUCCAAACACAAACUAUAUCACAACACUACUACUCAUCCUUCCAACCAAUCACUACAUAUAGUAAAAUGCUGCAUCCACAAGCCAAAUGAUCCUCUCAAAAGUCUAAAGAAACCAAAUUUGGCACUGCCCAUUGGAGCACUUCUCUUGGCCUUGACUGAGAAUCCAGCAGCAUUAGCAGUGACUGGAGAAAAUAAUCCCCAAGAACUCACAUCGGUUUUGAUACAAUUAGGGAUUGUGCUCUUUUUCUACUUCCUUGCUGCGCCACCGGUAAUCCUGUUCUGGCUUUGGAAAAGAUGGUAUAGAAGAAAGCUUGUGGAAAUGUAUUUCCAAUUCAUGUUUGUCUUCAUUUUCUUCCCAGCGCUCCUUGUUUGGGUACCCUUCCUAAACUUCAGGAAGUUCCCACGGGAUCCAGACAUGCAGUAUCCUUGGUCUAUACCUGAAGAUCCUUCAAAAAUAAGAAAUGCAUACUAUAAAUACCCUUUUGCUGAUCCUGAAGAUUAUGACUAGCCAUCAAAUUACCACCAACAAAAUCAUAUGUAUCAUUUUAUUCCUAAACUGCAUUAUUGUUCAUGAUGUAUAGGAUUAUACUUUUUCUGCUUUUGAUCAUUGAAUGGUCACUGAGUUGUAAAAACUGAAGUCAAAGGUAACACCAAAUUUUCACUUUCAAUGUUGAACAGUGUCAAACUGUCAAUUGGAUUAAGAAAUCAACUCAUACUGAUGGAAUGUAAGGAAUUCAAAUUAAUGUUAUUUUUAAAAAAAAAAAAUUAUGGUAAGCAAUUUUUAUUUUUUUUUGGUAAAGAUAGUAAGCAAUUUCAUUCAAUAGCUAAAACAAAGAUUGGUAUAAUCAAAUUGAACAAGAGUAUGCAAAGAGAGUUAAGAAACCACUUUGGCAAUAUUAGGCCAAAAUUUAAAUUCAAGCAGCCAAACUAAUUGCUUCCAAAUAUGAUUGGUGGUUAAGGAGAAAUGAGGUACAAAAGUCUUUAAAUCUAUCUAGUUAUUAAUCAUACUUUUAACUUAUGCAAACACAUGUCAACUAUAGGUGGUAUUGGUUUUGACCUAACAAACAGCAUGAUUGGGAGUCGUUUGUUGGCGAGGGUGGAUAUUGAGGUCCGCGGCGACCACCAUUAUCCUUGCUCAUAAUUUGUUUUUCAAAAAUGACAAACACUUACUAGCCUACCAACAAGAAAUGUAAGUAGGAACAGGCUUGGGGAGAACAAGACUUAACAACAAAACACCAAACAAGUAACAAAACAGGGAGAUGCAUAGGAACUAUUCAGUACACCUAUAAUUGAUCAUAAAACCUGCAAUAUUAAAGGAAAUUAAUCGAACCACAACGUUGCCAAUUUUGUUUGAGAUUGGUCCUGAUGAUGCAGGUAGGGGGUUAGUCAUGGAAGUAGUGGACAAAGGAGGUGGCGGCCACUCCCCCCUCAGUAGAAGGAAGAGGAGAAAACCAACAGAAGGACACAACGAGAUUUUAGAUCCAGCUCAAAGAGCUUGGCCUGGCCUCCACUGAUGGCAGAAAUCUUCAAUGAUUGGGGGUUUAAUGUAUGAGAUAGGUUGGAGGCAGGGUGAGUCAAAACAGAAAUCCAAUAGAAGGGGAGAGCCUCCAGAGAAAAGGAGAAACAACAUCAAAAAAAUAGGGAGGGAAAAUUAGUGUGCAUGAUCAGAUAUGGAAUUUAGAAAAGGGGCAGGGCCUUACAGCCCAUAGGGAGAAGUGGAGUUUAGAUAGUUGAUAUUGAUCUCAUCUAGUUAUGGAUUUGUUAAUAAAAAAUCUUAAUCAAUUCAGUGCUUAAUUACAAGUAAAAA